AUACACACUGAGGUCUACAGAUCUGAGUAUCAAGAACCUGACUGUAGCCAACUCCUUGAUCAUACUUUUUAAAGGAAUCCCACUGACACUGACAGCUUUUGGUGGGCUGAGUGAUAUUGAGUGCAAACUUGUCUUCCAUGUUCACAGAGUGGGCAGAGGUGUGUCUAUGGGAAAUACCUGCCUCUUGAGUGUUUUCCAGGCCAUCACCAUCAGCUCCAGGGACUAUAGAUGGACAGAGCUGAAACUGCAAAUUCACAAAUACAUUGGAUUUCUCAGCAUCCUGUGCUGGGUCCUGAACAUGUUGGUCAAUAUCUGUGUUUCUAUGUACAUGGUUGGCAAGCGGAACAGCAAAAACAGCAUGGCAGAAACUGAUUAUGGAUACUGCUCUGGGACUGUUAAUAACAGGACUGCACUAUCACUAUAUAAUUCACUGUUGUUAUCCUAUGAUGUUUUGUGUUUGGGGCUCAUGAUCUGGGCCAGCGGUUCCAUGGUUUUCACCCUGUACAGGCACAUUCAUGGGACCAACCUCUCCCCCAGACCAUCCUCCGAGUCCAGGAUCACCCAGAGUAUUAUUGUCCUAGUGAGAAUUUUUGUAUCAUUUUACACCCUCUCCUCAAUCCUUUCAUUAUAUAUCUCUCUUUUUCUUAAGCCCAGUUGGUGGCUGGUGAACACCUCUGCACUAAUCACUUCUUGUUACCCUACAAUCAGCCCCUUUGUUCUCAUGAGUCAAGAUCUCAGGAUAUCUAGGCUCAUUUCUCCAUGUUAUGGGAGGAAUGCACAG